UGCUCCCUCUUCCCUAUAAAUCUCCAACAAAAUCUCAUGCACUUCAUUCAUUAACUUGCUUACUUGCAUAUCCCAUUUCUAUUUGAUCAAAUUACAUCUCUUACAAUGGCAAAAAAUAUGGUUCAGUCUCCUCUUGAGAGGGCUAGCUUGGCAUCACUUGAUCAAAAGCUAGCCGUGGCAAAGCGUUGCUCUCGUGAAGGUGUAAUUGCGGGAGCCAAGGCAGCUGCUGUCGCCAGCAUUGCCACUGCCAUUCCAACUCUGGCGAGUGUGAGGAUGCUGCCUUGGGCAAAAGCUUAUCUCAACCAUACAGCUCAAGCUCUCAUUGUCUCCACAGUGGCGGGCGCCGCAUACUUCAUAGUUGCUGAUAAGACUAUUCUGGCGACGGCACGCAAGAAUUCUUUCAAGGACUCUAAAGUGGAAGCAUUCUAGCUAGCUAUCCUUCUACUAUGAUCGUGAAUUGCUAUUAAGAUUAUAUGUUUGUCGUGAUUAUAAUCUUUUGAGGAGCAGAUUAGCAUGUAAACUCAUUACCUGUAUAUAAAUAAAAAUGGGUAUAUUAUUCGUA